CACUAGGUGGCGGUAAAUCAACUUUUAGUCUCGCUUUAUGUCUAAGAAGAAGUUUUGGAUGUAACAUGGCGGGAUUUUCUAGUGUUUGUUUACACAGUAAUCUCUUAGUGGUGUAACUUGGUUCUGUGGUCAGCAGAAGUAUGUGUGAAGAGAACAAGAGGGUAAGACGGUGGCUCGAGACGGUGUUCGAUGCCGAAGGAGUACCGGAUUUUGAAGUGAGCACGCGCACGAUCGGGCUGCUGGACCAACUGGCACAGAUUAGUGAGCUGAGGUGCACAGAAGUGUCCUUACUGACACGUGACUACAGACACAAAGCAGCAGAGUACAGCAGCGACGCCACCCACUUGCAAGAAAUCCUACAUCAAGGUGUCGGGCUUCAACCUGGAAGUGUUGCCCAAUCCACCUCUGAUCUUUUGUCUGUGAUACAGGGUACUGCUGAGGUCCUUAAAGUCAGGGAUACAUCAAUGGGAAGCUUUGUCCCUGCAAUUAAUAAAUUGACUGACGACCUGGCUGAGGCAGAGAAGACAGACAGGAAGUUGGGGCAGGAGCUCGCUGCUGUGAGGAAGAAGAUGGCUGCUACAAUGAUUCUUCGGAAAAAACUUCAAGAGGAUUUGAAGAAGAUUGCACAGGUCCAGCAGGUUGAGGCUGCUACAGCUGAAGAGAGGUUGCUCAAUAUGGACUUCAUGAAGAACAAAUCUAGAGAUCUGACCUACAGGAAUAAGAUAGCACAGGACAAGUUGGCUUCCAGACAGAUGAAGGACACACUCACUCAUCAAGCUAUUGUGGAGCUCGCGGAAAAAAUCACAGCCCUGAAACAGGAAAUAUCCCCUCUCAUGAAGAAACUGGAGCCUUAUAAUGACCUGAGCCCUAGUCCUGCUCUGGCUCGGGUUGCAAUUGAAGAGGUGAAAAGAGAGCUGGAGGCCCUGGAUGCUGCACUAGAGCAGAAGGUUGAUUUGAUGAACACUUUGGCUAUGUGAAUAACUGAAGAAGACUAAAGAUAUUAGCAGCAGUUAUAGUGUUGUUACUGAACUAAAUUUUAGUAUUUCCUAGCCAAUGUUUUCUGUAUAAGCUUGUGCAAAUAAAAGCAUUUUUCUAUUGA